GUAAUAAUCAUUUAUGAUAUACCCAUAAUAACUAUAAUAUGAAGUGUAUAAUAUAUUAUUUCAGCUGGUCUAUACAAUAAACUAAACAAUGGUAUAUGAAAGCCGUUUCAAACCAAGAAUAUAUUUAUCUCAAAGUCCUUCAAAAUGUUCUAUAGUACUGAAUAAUGUGUUUAAAAAGCAUAAUGAUCAAAAUAUUUUCAAUGGAGUGAAUUUAACUGCACAUAGUGGUAAAAUAUGUGCUAUACUUGGUGAAACAAACAGCGGUAAAUCUAUGCUGCUUUCUUGUUUAGUUGGUGGAGAUAAAAUAGACAAAGGUCAUAUAUGGGUACUUGGUGGUAAACCAAGAACAAAAAGCAGUAAAACCUUAACUAAAUACACUGGUUAUAUGCCUCAGGAAUUUUGUUUGUAUAAAACCAUGACGGUUCUAGAAUUGUUUGCAUAUUUUGGUAACUUAUAUAAUAUUAAUUACAAAUUUAUUCUGUGGAGAAUAAGCUAUUACAAAGACAUUUUUACCCUGCCACCAAUUAAUUCCACUAUUCAAAAAUUAAGUUUCAGUGAAAAACGAAUGAUAUCAUUUAUAAUAGCAGUAUUCCACAGACCUCGAUUAGUGGUGUUAGACGAGCCUACUAUUGGACUUGAUGUUUUAAAAAAAAAUCAAAUUUGGAGAUACUUGUAUCACGUGAUUACUACAUGGAAACCAACAGUAGUUGUAGCCACCAAUAAUAUCGAGGAAGCAUUUUUAGCAACUAAGAUAGCGUAUCUGAAAAAUGGAAAAAUUAUAUUUGAAAGAGAAGUAGAGGAAUUGCUUCGAACAAAUCCAAAACAGUCUAUAGAUUUAAUCGUAGAAGAUCUUUAUACCAGUAAAAACUCUUGGAUCAAUUCAAAUCAAUCUGAGACACCGCGAAAUAAAAAGCUAAGCAUUUGUAAGAAAAUCAACCCAAGAUCAAAUAUUUGGAAGUUCAAAACAAUUAUAAUUCAAAAUAUGAAGUUUUUAACUUCAAAUAUUUGGUACGUAAUUUUAGGUAAUAAUAUUAACAAUGUAAAAACUAGGAAGUGCUCAAAUUCGUAGUACAUGACUUAUUCCUCUCAAAAUAUUUUUUACACAGUCAUCGUCUAUAAUAAAAAAAUAAUCAACAAAGAAUCCGUAGACAGGACACGUAGUAACUACAUUUAAGCUAUAAGCUAAUGGAACAAUUAAAGAGGUAUAUUUGUUUAACAAAAAAUAUGAUUUCUUGGUAUAGUAUAUCACGAGUAGCAUAUCCAUUAUCCAUUCAUUUGAGAUUUAACAUAAAUUGUAUUCUACGUUAGUACAGUGUUCAUGCGUUAAUCAAUAUAAUCAUCCAAUAUUUUUUAAAAUAGCUAUGAACAAACGUAUUAGACAUUAUUGUUAAACAUAUCUAAAAUAAUACAUUUUUAAGAGAAGAGACAAUACCGAUGUAGGUAUUGUUUCUAUAAAACAUAAAUCAACAACUUUAAUUUAUUUAAUUUUAGUCAAAUGUAUUCAUGAUGAGCCAGUACACCAAUAUCUAACAACGAAGUUAUCGUAGCUAGAUGACUGACAAGGGCCCAUCACCCUCAUAUACCUAGUCAGAUAUAUAUUGUUCUAAUUUUUACUUUUCAUAUUAUAUUUUUUCAUGCGUUUAACUAUUAGUACAAUUUUUUCAUUUUCCAUUUGGUAGGUAUUCCUGUUACAUCUUGUAUAUUAUUAUACAUACCUAUCUAUAUUCUAUACUAAGGAUCUCCAAUUUAUGUUUUUGGAGGACCUCUUUAGAAAUCCAGAAAGUUUUCUGGUGCCAUUACAAUUUAAUGAUCUAAGUACAGUUAUUCCAAAAAAAGUAAAGGCAAAAUCAAUAAAUAUAAUCAGUUUAUAGGAAAACCUCAUUUAAACCAUCAACAAAAACAUUUAAGCGGCCUGGUAGUUGUCCUCUGUCACAAAACGUGUUCUGAGUGCCAGCACCAGCCGUUGUUACUAUUUCCCGGGUGGGUAACCACUGACCACCCAGGUUUUAGUGACAAAUCCUUGCAACACGUACACGUCUUCAGAACGACCAUACCCUCCCCUCACAGUAAAAAACCAACUUUAAAAUAACCUUUACUCAAUGGCCUAUAGGUACUGCCGCUGGGUAAUUAAUAAAAAUUAAUAAUUAAAAAGAUUGAUUUUUUGUCUGUAGGACAGAUAAAGUUCGUUCAUGGAUCGUCAUUUUGUGACCUCCAAUCUAUAUAGACAUAGCUGCAUAUGUAGCUAUGUAGCUAUAUCUAUAUAUUAUUGUUUAUUUCAAGUACAAAGUUUCAUAUUUUAACUUAAUAUAAUAUUUACUACCUACCUAUGUAAAUAUAUAUAUGUAUAUUUAUGACUUUUGUUUUGUUUCAUCGUAUCAAAUUAAUGUGCAAUAACCAAAAAUGUAUACUCAGAAUCGUCUUUAGAAUGCGUUGUAAUUUCCGAUGUCAGACUAUAAUUAGAUUAUUGGUGUUAUAAUAAUAUAUCACUAUGCUACGUCGAGGAAAAUAAAGAGAGAAGAUCGUCCAAUAUUAUAGUAUUAAAUGCAUAUAUGCGUUCAUAACUCUGACCAAGCCACUAUUUUUAAG